AUGGAGAUUAUCACCAGUAAUUUUGGAUGGACAACUAGCAAUAUUGUUUUUGAAUGGAAUUUAAAUGAUCAAGCCUAUAUAAUUGACCAUAUUCUACUAAAAAUAUCAAAGACAUGGUAUUCACCGUUUAUAGAUUAUCUAUGUAAAGUGGAUAGGUGGCAAAGAAAUUCUUGGAUGAUUAUUUCAACGACCAUUGCCAGUGCUAGUAGUAACUAUUAUGGUGGCGGUUUUGAUGGAAAUGGUGGGAUUUUUUUAAAUGUUAUAGAGAAUUGUCUGGUUGGAUUCAAAUAUUUAUACGACUUCCAUUGGAACUUGAUGGAUGAUGAUUUGUUGGGAUUGUAUAAUGAGAAAGGAGAAGAUGACGAAGUGGAAAUGAAUAUGGAUGAGGGUGAGGAUAAUAACGAAGAAGAAGAAGAUUUGACAGAAUAUUAUAAUGGAUUAGUUGAAGAUUAUAAAGCUUAUGCAAUUAAAAAACAUGGAAAUAAAUUGUUGACGUCUGUUAAAAAUUGGUAUGAAAAUAAAAUUUCUCAAUUAUCAUUUAAAGAUUCGAUAAAAAUGUCGUCAUCAUCAUCAUAUCCGUACAUCCGUAAAUAUGCGCCGGCGACCACAACAGCAUGGACACAAAAGCAAACAGAAUUACAAGCAGGCUAUUAA